AAACGAAAGUGAAAAUAGGACUUCGUUGCUGUAAAAUGUUCGACAGUAGCGAUAUUUCGGCCGGUCCACCUGAUUUCUCAGAGCCUUGGAAGUUCAGUGAUGUCAUUCUUGUGGUUGACGAACAAAGAUUUCAUGUUCAUCGAGGCGUGCUUGCAUUUUGGUCGCCCGUAUUCGAUAAGAUGUUUACAUCUGACUUCAGGGAGAAGACAAGCAAUGAAAUUUCACUUCCAGAGAAGAACGCCGGUGAAAUUAAAGAGCUGCUACAAAUUAUGUAUCCUUCCUUGGAAGAAAAAGUUGUCACCAAGGGGAACUGUUAUUUCUUGCUCGAACUCGCUCGCGAGUAUCAAAUAAUUUCAAUUACACAGAAAUGCGAAAAUUUCUUAGUAUCUGUGAUUAAAACAAAGGAGGAUGAAGAUGUAAUAGCUGAGCUCGUUGUUGGGCAAAGCUACGAGCUGAAAACACUGGUAAAGACAUGUGUUUAUGUAGCUCGUCGAUUAAGUUUGAAAGAAUUGAAGGAACAUACCAAACGCGACGAGAUUGAACCAGAAAACUAUUUACAGAUUGCAGAGGGAAUUAUAACACGACUCGAGGAAACAUGCAAGGAAGUGAAAGAGAAUUGCGAGAAGGUCAAAAAAAAUUGUUCAGCCAAACUCAAUGCUUUAAGCAGCUCACUGUUUAAUCAUGCUACACACAAGGGAAUCGUCGAGCCACUUAAUUCUUAUAGACGGCAGGUAUUAACAGUGAAAGAAAAACUGAACGCACUUAAGAAAGAUGAUUCUAAAGACAAUUGCUCUGGCCUGGGUUGGACUGCAACGUGUUUGGAGGAACUACAAAACUUAUUACAAGAACUUUAAAGUAAGGAAUUCAGAUCAAGUUUGCCAAUUUUGCUGUCACUUUUGGAUUUUGCAAGAGUCAGAGACAAAGUGGUCGAUCAAUAAUUUGGGAAAUCA